GAUAUUGUAGUGGAGUUAGCAAAGAGGUGGCAGGGAGGCGAUGGGCUUAAGAAAAUACUACUCCAGUAGAUUGAGGACGGACAGUAAAUGAAUAGUCUAGGACAGUAAAUGACUAGUCUUCCCGGACCACCCACAAAUAUACACUACACAUUUUUUCUUUAAUAUACGCAUCAUAUAUAUAGACGCCUUUCCUUUGUGAAUCUAGCUGUACAUAGCCGACGUUUCCAGAAAGAAUCACAUUUUCUAAAUCCCAUCAUCAACUCCGCCUUGAGUCAAACUUAGGGUUUUGAUUGGGGUUUUUUGAGUUUACAAUGUCUAAUCGAAAGGAGGAUGAGAAAAACGAGAGAAUUAUUCGGUCGCUUCUCAAGUUGCCAGAUAAUCGCAGAUGUAUUAACUGCAAGAGUUUGGGACCACAGUAUGUGUGUACAAAUUUUUGGACAUUCAUUUGUACCACUUGUAGCGGAAUACAUCGGGAGUUUACUCAUCGAGUGAAGUCAGUGUCAAUGGCCAAGUUCACUUCACAGGAAGUUAGUGCCCUUCAAGGAGGCGGCAAUGCGAGUGCGAAGGAAAUAUAUCUCAAGGAAUGGGACCCAGAGCGUAACUCUCUGCCUGAUAGCAGUAACGUUGAGAGACUCCGGACUUUUAUCAAACAUGUGUAUGUGGAAAGAAAAUUUACUGGUGAGAGAAGCUUGAACAAGCCUCCAAGAGCCAAGUCGGGGGAUGCGGAUGACUUCAGUGAAAACAAGAAGAUGGAUUCAUAUCAAGGUGGGUCUAGAAGCCCACCAUUUAAUGACACAUAUGAACGCCGUUACACUGAUAGGCCAAGUCCUGGUGGGCGUAGUGAUGAUCGGAAUUACAGAAGUAGUUACGAUGAAAGAAGAAGUCCAGGAUCUGAUGGUGAUUAUGGAAGAAGUCCUGCCCGUACAGAGAUAGUCAAUGACUGGAGGCGAGAUGAUAGAUUUGGAAAUGGGAAGAAGUCUGAGGAUGGCAGAGUAGGCAAUGGAGGUCUUAAAGUUGAGGCUACUUCACCUGAUUUCCAAAGAGAUCUGGAUUCAUCUAGUCCCCCCAUGGUCCGCCCUGUUAGAGAUAUUUUGGGAGAAAAUGUCUCUCCUCUCAGGGUGAUUGAACCUCCCCCAAAGGCUAAUGGUGGCAAGUCAGCCGAUGCAUCCUUGCACACUCAGAGGACUGCUUCAUCUAGUAGCUUGGCAUCCUCAACUGGGAAUCCGGCUGAAGUUAAAGUGGAAAGUUCGUUAAUUGAUUUUGAUGCAGUUCCUGAACCUCCUGCAAAUAGUGUAGCGCCAACAGUAACACUGAAUGACAAUUGGGCUAAUUUUGAUUCCUUUGCGGAGGUAAAGGUAUCUCAAGCCCCAUCACAUGCCAAUGUGCUGGAAUCUGCUCUGUCAGACUUGAUGGUCCCAGCACCUCCUGGACAGACUAGUGCUACUGCAUCAGCGAAUGCAACAUCGGGGAACAUGUCAGUGUUGUCAACGACUAAUGCAACAAUGCCUGUGGGAUAUGUGUCAGCAACUGAUAUUGGUACUAUUGGACCUGUUGCACCGGCAAGUAAUUCGUUGGCGGUCCCUUCUGGUGGAAUUCCUUCAGCUGCAGCAGGGCAGACUGCUGAUUUCUUUCUCGGUGUUGCUGGAGGGCAAUGGAAUCACCAGCCGUUUCCACAUCCUACUCCUGGUAGUCAGCCUCCUGCUCAACCAUUUGUACCAGGUGGACCCUUAGGCGUGCAGGUAUCUCGAGUUGAUUCAGGACCUCUGGAGGCCAUUUCUGGAUCUCUGGCACAACCUUCCGUUGUGGAAACCAGAAGUGUUGGAAAAAAGGAACUGCCUGAGGAUUUAUUCACUGCGAACUAUUCGACCUUUCCGGCUCCAGUGCCUGGCUGGCAUACAGGUCCCUCUCAAGGGCUUGGUUCUAAUAUGCAGUAUUUUGGUUUGAACAUGCAGUAUAACGUUCCUGCGCCUGUUCCUACAUAUACUCAGCCAUCUAUAUCUUCAAAUCCAUUUGAUUUCAACAGUGAACCUACCCCAGCUCAGGCAUCUCCGUUCCCUUCGCUGUUACCGUUGCAAGGUGCUCUACCAAGUGUUGCAGCUCCGACAGGUUUACCACAUUCUUCCACCUUUGGCACUACUACACCAGCAUGGAUGCCGGACCAAUACUCUAAUCAAACGGGGAUGAGUUCUCAUGCACAAACCUAUGGAUCAUCAGUCGCUCCAAGUCCAUACAUGGGGCAACCUGUAACAUCAAAUUUUCCACCCAGGCACCAAGGAGCAGCAGGUUUUGGCUUUGGGCCAGCUGCUUUUAGCUCUCCUGCUCCAAAUCAGCAGCCUGGAGCAUUAUAUGCGAGCCCUGUUCCCCAGAAUACUUUCUCGUCUUCGGGAGGAAACCCGUUUGGAUAAAUAGAAACAAGGCUGCAUUUUCACACCCAAUCUUAGGAAAAAGCACCAUCUUGUUUACUUGGAUAACUGGAUGGAAAUUUUUGGCUGUUUUCUUGUUACAAAGUGAUGUAGCAAUUCUGUUGCAUCUGUGCCCGGUUUGGUGUCAGUUUUCUCUCUGUAAAACUUGUGUGGUACCAAUGAAAAAAUGUAAAGCAACAGCAGUUAGGAUUAGUAGGGCGCACAGAACCACCACAGGGACCUUGCAACCAUGCGGUUCAUAGUAUAUAUUAUUCUGGUCGGUGAUUUGUGGUGAUGCCGCCACCCAAAAAGUUGUAUAAUUUUUAGCUUUCACUGAAAACUUUUUAACUCCAGCAUUUUGAGUUUGCAGUUUACUUUCCUUUAUUGUGUGGUUGGAUGUAAGUUCUAUUAUUGGACAGAUUUGUAAAGCAUAUAUGUACAAAUAGUACUUUAUGUAAGUUAUGCUUUGUUUAAAUAAAAUUCAUAGCAGUUGUGAUCUUGGACA